AUGCCAGCUUUCAAACUCUUGUUUGUCCAUGGCAAAUGUCCAUCCCUGUAUCCCAUUGUAUCUCUACCAUGGCGGUCUACUUCAUCUGUCAUCCUAAACCAACAAUCUUCUUCACCUCGGCACCCUGUUACCUUUUAUGUGGAUGUUCACUCUGGGGUUAAUUCCUUGGAGCAUCUGUUAGUUUAUACUCCAUCAGGCUAUGUGAUUAAACUUGAGCUUCUGCCAUCAAUUGAGGCAGAGCUAAAUAAGAGUGAUCUAGCAACUCAGUCUGGCUCAUAUGUACAUUCGCAAGAUGAGGAGUAA